UCUCCUCCACCACCGUCUCCGCCGCCGCCGCCGCCGCCCGGAGCCGGGCCCUCCACGAUCCCCGGCCGCCGCCAUGCCCCAGACGGCCCCUCCGCCGCCUCCUUCCUCCGCCGCCGCACCAUGAAGCGGCAGAACGUGCGGACGUUGGCUCUCAUCCUCUGCACCUUCACUUACCUGCUGGUGGGAGCCGCCGUCUUCGACGCUCUCGAAUCCGAAGAGGAAACGGCGGAGAGGAGGAGGUUGGAAGCGAAGAGCCAAGAGCUGAAGAACAAAUACAACCUGAGCGCCGAGAGCUACCGAGAGCUAGAGUGGGUCGUCCUCAAGCUGAAGCCGCAUAAGGCCGGCGUCCAGUGGAAAUUCGCCGGCUCUUUCUACUUCGCCAUCACCGUCAUCACGACCAUAGGGUAUGGCCAUGCAGCCCCAAGCACAGACGGAGGGAAGGUUUUCUGCAUGGUGUACGCCUUGCUGGGCAUCCCGCUCACCCUCGUCAUGUUCCAGAGCCUGGGUGAGCGGAUCAACACCUUCGUCAGGUACCUCCUGCACCGCAUCAAGAAGUGCCUGGGCAUGAGACGGGCAGAGGUCUCCAUGGCCAACAUGGUCACCAUCGGGUUCUUCUCCUGCAUCAGCACCCUGUGCAUCGGGGCGGCCGCAUUCUCCUACUACGAGCACUGGAGCUUCUUCCAUGCCUAUUAUUACUGCUUCAUCACGCUGACCACCAUCGGCUUCGGGGACUACGUGGCCCUGCAGAAGGAUGAGGCCCUGCAGAACAAUCCUCAGUACGUGGCCUUCAGCUUCGUCUACAUCCUGACGGGGCUGACGGUCAUCGGGGCCUUCCUCAACCUGGUGGUGCUGCGUUUCAUGACCAUGAACGCCGAGGAUGAGAAGCGGGACGCUGAGCACCGGGCUCUGCUCACCCGCAAUGGGCAGGCCAGCAGUGUGCACACCACGGACACGGCCUCAUCUGCACCCACAGCAGUGGCAGCAGGAGGUGGUGGAGGUGGCCUCCGUAACGUCUACGCUGAGGUGCUGCACUUCCAGUCUAUGUGCUCGUGCUUGUGGUAUAAGAGCAGGGAGAAGCUGCAGUAUUCCAUCCCCAUGAUCAUCCCCAGGGACCUGUCCACCUCGGACACCUGCGUGGAGCAGAGUCACUCCUCUCCUGGCCGCUGCCCUGAGACCCCUUCCAACCGAUGCUUCUGCAACGCCCGCCGGUCGGCCAUCAGCUCCGUCUCCACUGGCCUCCAUAGUCUCUCAGCCUUCCAGGGCCUAAUGAAGCGCCGCAGCUCUGUGUAAACCUCACUCCAUUGCCCCCAUGUGUUCCCCAAGCUUUGUAAAGCUCCAUGUAGGCCUCACUCCCGAUGUGCCCCACUGUUCACAAAGCUCCGUGUAGUCCUUUCCUUACCGCCCCUUGUGGUUUUCAGGCCUCACAAAGCUUUAUGUAGACCCCAUUCCACCACCUCCAUAUGUCCCAGUCUACAUAAAGCUUCGCGUAGACCUCACUCCGUCACCCCCAUGCACUCCAAGCCUCAUGAAGCUCCAUGUAUCAUAGAAUCAUUCAGGUUGGAAAAGACCUCCAAGAUCACCAAGUCCAGCUGCCACCCAUCCUCACCACGCUCACUGACCAUAUCCCCGAGUGCCACAUCUCCACAUUUCUUGGGCACCUCCAAGGAUGGUGAUUCCACCAUCUCCCCAGACAGCCUGUGCCAGUGCCUGACCACUCUUUUGGAGAAGAAAUUGUUCCUAAUAUCCAACCUGAAAUAGUGUAGGCCCUACUCCAUCACUCCUGUGCACGCCAGCCUUCAUUGAGCCCUGUGUAGACCUCAAUCCAUCACCUCCCAUGGACCUCAAGCCCCACAAAACUCAGCAUAACCCUGCUCCAUCAUCUCCCGUGCAUGACCCAGACUUCAUGAAGCUCCAUUUAGGCCAUGUCGCAUCACCCCCAUGUACACCAUGCUUCAUGAAUCUCCACGUAGAUCCCACUCUGUUACUCCCUGUGUACCAUGGACACGUUGGCCAAGAUCUCAUCUGGGCCACAGCAUGAGGAACUUCCUUAUGCCUCAGGAUAUCUGGGGUCUGACGCAGGAGGGACUGCAGGCUCCAAGUGAGCUGGGACCUUGGGAUGUCAGGACAACUGCAGGACCCUGGGGAAUCAGUAUGGCCUCAGGAGCCCUUGGCCUGUCCAAGUCUUCACCAGUUGUGACCGGAGAAAGAAGCAGGGGCCACCAGUUUCUUUUAUUGUAAUUUAAUUUCAUUUUAUUUUAUUUUGUUCUGUUUUAUUUUGCAAACCACUCCUCAAAAUGUGAAACUUGAAGACCUGGAGAGUGUGUUAACCUGAUGGAAAGUUGCUGGGGGGGAACAAGAAUGGGGACAGCUCAGAUAUACAUACACACUUCUGUCUGGGAUGCUGGGGAGCCCAAAGAGUCCCCCUACCCAUGUGUGUAAGGCACGAGGAAGGUGUAUAUGGGUAACAUGGGCUCCAUGGGGCAGGGUGGGAGCCAGGCUGCUGUGGUGUGCACACAACAAAUCAGGUCACCCAUGACCCAGAAAUUCAGUGUUCUAUCCAGAGCUGGUGGUGCACAGGGUGUCCUCAGCACCCUGAACCUUUGCACUCAAUAGCAGCUGUGGGGCUGGAGCUGUCACCUUGGGCAAAGAACUUGGGGAGGAGACAGCCUGAGGUACAGGGAAGGUUUUCACCUUCACACCUUCCAAGCUGCACCUCCAAACCAGUGCUAUAAGGCACCCCAUGGCACCCAGCUUAUGGGGUGCCCCCAUUUCUCCCUGCCCUAUGACUCACAUUCCCCAUCACCCCUCAUGCCCCAGCAAAGAAAGCAGAGGUCACUGGGGGCAGGGGGGACACCAGGAGAGCAGAACCCCUCUUUGACACCCCCCAAAACCCCAUCUGGGGGCCACCAGGACUCAGGGGACAACCCAGCGUGCCUGUCCCCAGCGAGGCAUUUCUUUUCUCAACUUUUAACAGAAGAAAAAACUAGGUAUUUCUAAUACUUGAUGACGUGUACAUACUGUUAGAUAUCAGAGAGGAUAUUUAUUAUAAAUGACGCUAUAAUCGUAUCUAUAGAAAUCUAUAAAUAUCUAUUGUAAGAGAGUCUUGUGGGAACCUUGCUGAUGACUCCAGGGAACUUCUUUUUGCUCUCUGCAUCUGUCUCAUCCUUAGGACACUGAAGGGGAACAGAAUCUCCCCAAAGAGGUUUCUCGGUUUCUCAUGCCAAAGUAUAUUUGUACUGCUGAUUUACUUUCAAUAUAGAGAGAAAUAAAGGCUGAUUGGAAUCUCGGCACCA